AUGCUGCUCUGGUUCAUUCUCGCGUGCUGGCUCCCCAUCCUCGCCAUAUCGGCUCCCGUCCCCGGCCGCAUGCCGAUCUCGCCGGAAGAGCUGAGCAGACUCGUCGGGUCACCAGCAUCGCACGUGUUCGAAUUCGUCACAGACGCCGUCUCAAACACCUUCCACGACUUCCACCCCUUCUCGCGCUCUCGCACCAACAUCGCCGUCAAUAGCCCUACGACCUCUGUGUCGAGUGCAGCUGACGGCCUGAAAGAUGUCCUCGUCGAUGUUCCGCCCGACACUCCCCGGCUCGCUGAUGUCGACGGCGGCACGGUGAGUGAGCGCGACUUUGAUGCGGCGAUCGAACGGAUCCGACAAGCCGAACACGCCCGCAUCCGCGCUCAUCCGGUGCGUGGACCACCCCAACGCUCGCACUCGUUGGAGGUGGAAGGCGGUUCUGGCGUCAGAGCUCCGCCUAACACGCCCGAGAGGGGCGCAGACGAGUACCGCGUCGUCUACGGUUACUCCGGCAGACCUCCGGUCGCGGGCAACGAGCCGGACGUCAAAUUCGUCUUCCCGCCCGGCGUGCCCACCCGGCGGACCGGAUGA